AUGGCAAUCCUCUCCAUUCUUCCCAAAAUCUCCGUCACAGUUCAUAAUGCGCAAGGACAACUACCAGAAUAUGCCGAUGAUGAACCAGAUGCUGUUAAAAAGCAGAAUUCGCCCUUUUCCGUGGUAGUUUCGAACUACGUCGAGGUUCCAUCAGAUGGUGGUCCAUUCUGGCUGAAGUUUCGUGUCGAGGCACCUUACACGCAUAGGCCUAAUCGCAUCAUUUUCGCAUUCGAGGACCCCGCUGGUUAUCUCGUACAAAUGAGCUGUGGGCCCCAUGAUUUGGUGAAUGCGGAACCAUGGGAAAGACUAAUGGAUGGAUAUUACGAUUACGCCGACGAAGAAGCACUGUUUAGGAGCUUUCAGUUCACUAAGUUGAACAUACUUCCAGGGGACGGCGAGAGCGAUGAUAUAUCCGAAAUGGACAGAAAGAGGAUGGCAAAACUUGGAAUGCUAGAGGUCAGGGUUUUACUAGGAACAUGGCAACACUCAGAAGGCUCAGAGAUGGGAACAGCUGACAUUUCUGAAUCCAUCGACCAUGCCGCUUUUACUGCAAAUAUCGCAACUGAAAAAGUUUCCGAAAGAAAAAGCCUAUCACUAGGCAUGACAUACAACAACGAAGUCGUGGAUGCUAAUGAGAUUCCCGAGCCUGCUGAUUUUAUUUAUCUCAACGGAUGGUGGGAUCCAGUUGCUAUAUUUCGAUUUAAAUACCGAUCAAGAGCCGAUCUCCAGAAGUUGCUAUUGGUUGAGAAGUCUCCCGAACUUGAGGAGCUCCCUAGGGAGAAACUAUUGCCAACACUACCGACCACCCCAUUGCCCUCAUGCGCGCCAUCCCUGACCCCAGCUUCGAAGGCCUUUGAAGACCUCACAUUUUCUGAAGUUCGAGACCUCGCGAGAAAGCAGUAUAUGGGCUUUGAUAAGGUGGGUGGAGAUGAGAUGGAGACGCUGGCAAAGCAGAAGCACGCCGAGCAAAUGGAAUAUGCGAACGAUGAAGUAACUAGGUUAUUCUUUGAUGAACUCACAUUUGCUCAAGUUCGGAACCUCGCCAAAAAGCAGCAUAAAAGCUUCGAAGAGUUGAAUACAGAUGAGAUUGAGAAGCUGGCCAGACAGAAACAUUCUGAGUCAAUCGUAUCACCCCAGGCGCUCAUUUCAGGAGCAGCGGAUGAAAGAAAUGGCCAAGGGAAGAGAAAGGCGCCUAUCAAGGCUGAAGAUGCAGAUGGGGCCGCCAUUUCCGUAUUGGCGAAGAAGAGAAAGUAA